GACAACGCUGAACAUGAAAACACACACCCACAUGCCCACUCAUACAAGCACACCGACUCGGCCUGGUUGCUCCGUUCUACUGAGUCCGCUUUACUACCACACAAGCCUCGUUUCAUCCGAGCUUCCCAGUCCUGGUACGCAAGAGUGGGAUUUCAACAAUCUCCCCAGGUCUGGUGAUGGCCUGACUUGGAUCAGCCCACCUUGUCUGCAGUCAAUCAUCAUCACCCGCGGGAGCAAUCCCCCACGCUUUGGUGGCGCAGUUACCUGUGGGAAGAUCCAGACGGAGAUUCAAUUUUCAGUCAAUACGAUUUACACUUGGUCACUACGAAUCUCCCUUUCCAAUCCUGGUUCCUUCCCCUCUUCUUUUUUCUUAUUCUGCUUUUAAACAAAAGUAUGUAUUUUCUAGCAUCGAGAUGGGCGUUGACGGUAUCUGGAGGAUAUCACAACGAAAAUCUUCAUGCCUUAAUCACAUGGCUAUGCCAACCGCCACCGCAGGAUGGACGAGGGCGGAUUCAUGGAGGAAAGGGGCUGCUAUCACGAUAGACUCUCGAGGCACAUAGGCCUUUCUCCAUAAUAGACCAUAUCGGGCCUCU